UGCAGAGUUGCGGCUGGAGAUGCAUUCCUCUCUCAAACUGCCCACAAAUUAAUUACAUAGGUAACAAUUUCGAAGUUCGAAAGCCUAGAAUUAAAUUAAAAUGUACGCUAAAUCAGUUGUCGUUCUCGCCUUUGCCGUCUUCGCGGUCGUCACAGCGGACGACUGCUCCAAGAAGUUCAAACAGGAUGACACUCACAUUAAAGUUUCGGACAUGUGCACAAAGACUUUAAAAAUUUCACAGAACGACUUGCCCCAAAAUGAGAGCGACUUCACCAAGAGCUAUGAUGAUAAGUGUUUCGCAAAAUGUUUCAUGACUGAAAUGAAAUUCUUGGUUGAUUCUAAAUUCGAUCGGGAUGCCAUCAAAAAAGAUAUCGUGGACCACGUUCUUGACGCAGAUGUCCAGAAAAAGAUGAUCGACUAUACCAUCAAGUGCUUGGAUGAUGCUGAAAAGACCAAGAUUACCAAAGACAACGAGUGCAAAGUAACAGCCAAAUUUAUGUACUGCACGAUGGUGGAAGAGGGGAAGUUGGAACUUAACUGCGAUCCACCCAAGGACGAGUAGAAAUUUAAUACUCUAAUUUCUGGAUUGUUCAAAAUUGCGCCUUUAUGGAAAUAAAUACAUUGAGAAGAGUUACAAUAAA